AUGCCUGGACCCCGGAUGGCAUUUUCUAUUGCAGUAGCAGAAGAUAGGACCAAUGAGACGUCAACGGAGGCCACCAAGGCUACGUCUCAGAGCAGCUCUAACGAUGGUGCUUCGAAGAACCUCCAAAGCUGCCAUAUCCCAGAACUCAAGAAAGGACAUAUUCUCAGGGCUUCGUGCUUUUCCGAUCCAGCCACGCAACAACUGGUCCAUAGCGAGUUGGACCUGAAUCACUGUUUCGGUGCAAGCCUGUUGAAGGGCGAAUUAUCCGCGGAGGCUGAGGGGCGAACAGCGUGGUACUGGAACCCACUCCGGGGCAUGGACACUUUACUGUCACUGUGUUGCUCCGAAAGCCGAAAUUCAACUGGCAACAACCAGGGCCUUCUGGAGUGCCAUGGCCAUGUUGGAAAGCCAAUCAGCUUAGCUGUCGUUGCAUUCUGCUGA